AUGAAUCUAUCCGUGUUAUGGCUUAAUCUACUGCUGGUAUCUUUAAUGUUGCUGUUCGUCCUGCCAAGUGUGGAGCCAACAGUUCUCCUUUGGGCUUGCUUAUUUCGUUUACAAGUUUGUCCAUUCCGUACAACAACAACUACAACAACGAAAUAGUCUAAUGGCUAAAAUUGCAUUUAAUUAACUAAUAACGAAGACGAUUGCCCGAUAAAGCAAGAUAACUAGUUUUUAGGAAAAAUAUACUUACUAAAAUAGAUGUACGA